AUGUUCAGGGGCGCUUGGAUGUGGCCCGGGAAAGACGCUGCUGCGCUGACUAUCUGCUGCUGCUGCUGCUGCUGGGCUCCCAGGCCGAGCGACAAACCUUGCGCCGACUCCGAGCGGGCGCAGCGAUGGCGACUGUCCCUGGCGUCCCUGCUCUUCUUCACUGUACUGCUCGCUGACCAUCUGUGGCUGUGCGCGGGGGCCCGGCCCCGGGCCAGGGAGCUGAGCAGCACCAUGCGGCCGCCCUGGGGGACCGACCGUGAGCGGCAGCCGGUGCCUCCUCCUGCGGUGCUGCCACUGCCACCACCGCCACCCAGUGAUCCCAACGUGUCCCCGGGCACCUGCGGUCCCCGGUACAGCAACCUGACCAAAGCCGCCCCCGCUGCCGCCGGUCCCAGGCGGGACUGCGGUGGCUUCCCAGAGCCCACGGGGCUGGACGCAGCUUGCACCAAAUUGCAAUCUUUGCAGAGACUUUUCGAACCGACUACCCCAGCACCCCCUCUGUGGCCCCUUGACUCUCCUUCUCGUGCCCCGGCUGAGUUCUCCUCCGCCAAAAAAAACUUGCUCAAAGGCCACUUUCGGAACUUCACUCUCUCCUUUUGCGACACCUACACGGUCUGGGACUUGCUGCUGGGCAUGGACCGCCCCGACAGCCUGGACUGCAGCCUGGAUACCCUCCUGGGGGACCUGCUGGCCGUGGUGGCCAGUCCGGGCUCCGGGGCCUGGGAGGUGUGUAGCAACUGUAUCGAGGCGUACCAGCGGCUCGACCGACAUGCUCAGGAAAAAUAUGACGAGUUCGACCUCGUGCUGCAUAAAUACUUACAGGCGGAAGAGUAUUCAAUCCGAUCCUGCACGAAAGGCUGUAAGGCUGUCUACAAGGCCUGGCUGUGCUCAGAAUACUUCAGCGUGACCCAGCAGGAAUGUGAGCGCUGGGUGCCCUGCAAGCAGUACUGCCUGGAGGUGCAGACCCGGUGUCCCUUUAUACUCCCCGACAAUGAGGAAAUGGUGUAUGGAGGGCUCCCAGGCUUUAUCUGUACAGGGUUGCUGGAUACUUCACCCAAGCGGCCGGAAAGCAAGUGCUGUGACGUGCAGUGGGUCUCCUGUGAGUCGGAGAAGAAGAAGUUCAAGGAGUCUGAGGCCCCCAAAACCCACCACCAGCAGUUCCACCACUCCUAUUUCCACCACUACCACCAACAGUACCACCACUACCACCCCCGCCAUGACCCCCCAGGCCACAUUGGCCACAAGCCCUCCCUGCUGCCGGUCUCUGGGGGCUCCCGCCUCAGCCCCAGCAGGAUCCGGUUCUAUGUCCUUGUUCUCAUGCUCCUCCAUACCAUGGUGUCCUUCUCCAGCAGCCAGAGUGGUGGAGGACUGGGGCUGGAGGCACUGCCUGCCCUAGAUGAGGGCCUGACUCGGGAAGAGUGAUGGCAGAGAGGGAGGACAGACCUCCACCACACACUGAC